CACCCUCCCAUGACAUAUCUCUCUGUCGCUGUCUAGCCAGCCAGAUCUUGUAAGUCGGAUCAUCGUAUACGAUACGCAUCACGUCGUCACAUGAUAGGGUUGCCCUCUUCGUCACAGGCGAUCUCGACGAGGAACAUGCUGUCGUUGGGGUUGAUGGGGUCCUUGAUGGGCUCCUGGUCCACGCGCAGCAUCGGAAUCUCCCACGUGUCCCUCCCGUCAUUGCAGCUGUACGUGCUGUCGCUGCUGCUCGAUGCCGGCCGCCACUCGACAGACUUGUUGUUGUCUGCACCAUCCACACACACACACACAGAGAGAGAGAGAGAGAGAGAGAAUUAUGGACACUCAUGCCAUCUCUCGCCGCCCCCCCGCCACCACACGUACUUCUGACGUAGUAGAAGAAGUAGUCCUCGAAGGUGACGACGGGCCUCUCGCUGUCGCCUUGGCCGCUCAUGACCUGGGAGAUCUCCCCCGGUGUGGCGCUGCUGAGAUCGAACCAGCACAUGGUCACCCACGCCCCGCCCUCCUCCUUGUUCGUGGGGUUGAAGGGCGCCUCGAACCGCAGAGCCAGAAACUUCGGCGACACCUGCGGGCAGUCGUCUCGCAAAGACAGCUGCCGCGGCCGGGCUGGGCGAGGGGAGGACAGCAGAGGAAGGUGGUUAGGAGUGUGGGAGCCGGAUCUCUCUCUCUCUCUCUGUGCGCGUGUGUGUGUGUCGGUUUACGUGCGCAUGUCUUGAGGUUACAGUUCCGCUCCUCGGACAGGUGGGCGCAGUCCGCACCAUCACGCUGGUGACAAGAAAUCGGCAGGAGAAGCACCCCACCACACAUAUGUAUGCCACGAUAGCUUUGCACGCCAUUGCUGGCUGAUCUGUUGAGCUCACCUCUAUGGUUCUGGAGCGUUUCUGCUUGCCUGGUCCACAGUCGUCGCCCCAUGGCGACAGGCACUCACUCCAGUCGCCCCAAUCAGACAACUCACAGGCUGGUGACGGUAUGGGGGGGCAAACAACACACACAGGGACACAAUGAAUGGGAGCGAUCUCUGUCAGCGCCUCUGUCUGUGUGUCUCACGGCAAUUCGGGAGGUCAGGGCAUGUCCGUGGCUGUGUGGUGUCGAGGCACUCAGACGCCGGCAGGGGCUCGCCAUCUGUGUCUUCAGCAUACACCUGCACAGACACACACGUAGAGACAACAGCCAUGGAAGGCACCACAUAAAUGUCGCCGAGUGUCUGUUAGGGGGUGUACCUCUAUAGAGCGAGAUCUGCGUUGAGUGCCCAUGUCAGCGUCGCUGCGGCAGGUGGCCGAGCACUCGCUCCACUGACCCCACGCACCGUACUCGCACUCUACACACACACACACACACACAUGCAUGGAGCGAUCCCGUCACCUGACAUCACGUCACACAUCUCUCUCUCUCUCUCCAUCUCUCCAUCCCGCCCACCUGUUCUGCAUUUCCGGACGCCCAAGCACUCCCUGACCUCCAGUGUGUUGGAGCAGCCAUCCUCGUCAGGCGAACCCUGCUCACAAUCGCAGAGAGACGGACGACACACAGACAGCUGUCUGUUCUGUUGGCACAAACGUUGCCGCUGGCUGCCUGCGCAGCAUUGCCGCCCACCUCCACAGUCCUGGUUCGUGUCUGGUUGCCGAGCCGCGAGCCCCGCACGCACUCGAGCGAACAGCCGCUCCACUCACUCCAUUCGCCAUACUCGCACUCUACACACAUGAGUUCACAUGAAUGCACAGAAUGCACAGAGUUCACAUGAAUGCACAGAAUGCACAGGAUGAAUGAAUGCCGCAUAAAUAAACGCGUCGUCCCCCAUUGCUCACCUGCGAACUUGCAAGUGGGCGGCGAGGGCUGAUUGAGCACCCACCGUCCCCUCAGCAGACACAGCCCCUGUGUGGCCCCGACCAGCUCGGCGUUGGCGCUUUUGCAGGUGAAGGCCACCUCUCGUGGCGGUUUGUAGAGCACCGAGGUGUAGAUCUGGUCGAUCAGCCGGCCGGACUCCUCGGGCGGCGGACCCCGCAGCUUGAUGGACGGAUCAAGGCUGCUCCUCUCACACGAUGCUGACAAACACAGACAGACAGACAGACACAUGACACACAGUUGGUGCAGUGUGAUGGGUGUCCUAUGGUAUGGUCUCACCACUAGGCUUGCAGACCAGCUCAAAGUCCCGGCUGUCCUGCAACCGGAACCAUGGCUGCCUCCGGUCCCGAUGGCCCGACACCACCGCCCUGCCGCCCCUCCCGCCCUCCAUCGACGCCAGCGCGCCGUUCCCCCACCCAUAGCCCCCCAGCACCUUGCCCCUCAGCGGCGAGCAGUCGAUCGCAUUCGGGACGUACAGCGUCUCCCCCGCUCCGUCACCGUACUCCCCCCUCUUGGAGUCGCCUUCACCGACGAGGGCCAGCACCCACUUGCCCUCCCUCGCACACCAUGCGAGGGUCCGGGGUGCGUUGGGCUGGGGGGUCAUCAUCGGGUACCUGGACUGCGGGAUGCGGUAGACGGUGCCGCCGAUCCUCAUCCACAGAGGCCGGCCGCCAACAGCCAGGGCGGACAGGCCAGCCUCGGACAACAGUGCCUCAAAGUCGGAAAGGUUUGAGGGCGCCUUGAUCUGGUUGUAGGUGCCGUAGACGUCGAUCCGCCCGAUGCCCCGCUGCGCCUCGGCGUCUUCGGGAAAAUCGAUGCUGAAGUAGGGGCAGUCGGAGGCCAUGCCGUCGUCGGGGGGUGACGCGCCUAAUGAUAGGGGUGGGAUGGCAGGGGGCGGGUUGGAGAAGUUGGCGCUGAUGGUCUGGUUGCUCGUCUGCAGGCGACGGCUGGCCCGCAAAGCUGACACACGAGACGACCGGCGGGACGAAAACUGACCUGCGCACACACACACAUACAGCAACACACAAAGCAGCGUGGGCAGGGAGCAACUCCCUCUCUCUGCAUGUGCCAGGCUCGCUCUUACCGUGGUCACGGCAAUCGUUGCGAUCGAACUGGCAGUCCUCUUGCCGACAGCUCUCAUCGCACACACCGUCGCCCACCCAGCCCCAGAGACACCCAUCCGCACACUCAGACAGGCAGUCGUGGACACCACAAUCACCACCACCGCCACCACUAUCCAAGCGACCCUCGUAGGACCGUGCCGGCAGGUGCGCUGCCGCCAAUAGGAUGGGGAGGGCUGUGACGACGGUCAUGAGGCGGCGGGAGGCGUUGCCGAUGCGAUACUGUGGACUGUGUCUUCUGGAUGGCGAUGGUGAUGGUGGUAGUGAUAACGAUCUUCCCCGGUGCGAUGACGUGGGUGAGUCCGGUGAAUCCUCAUAGACCAAGAAAGGCUUGAAAAACACCCUGACAGACCUGUGCACGUCACACACAGACCAACACAGAAAAACCGAGAGCAAUCGGUGGCUGAAACCCAAUCAAUCCCUCCGUGUGCUGUGCCGCAUUCGUGCCCACACCCACCGACCAAACGAACGGCAUCAGCACGCCUUUGACGAGUCCAGCAAAAAGAGGCCGCCGCCUCGCCUCCCCUCCCAUGCACCCAUCUCCGUGGCCACCCUCCACAGCACCGAAUGAUCUCCUAUGCCUCCAUAGGGCGCCACAAAAAAGACCAUCGGUCUGACCCAUCUUCCAUCGCGCUCUCCUCGACAGAUCCACAGCAGCCGGCACGACGGGCGGCCCUUCCGCCUCGCCACAGUGAGAAGCGGACCGCCGGACAUCUCUCACACCGGCUCUUGCUGGAAUCCAAUGAUCUUCGGCCUGGUUUGGCAUCUGUUCACAUCAGCAGUGUCUGAGCACGUGUCUGGGGUCCUCCAGAGGGAAUGUCAAGCACCACCACAGCGGAUCGGUUCUCAGCUUGAGCUCGCAAAUUUCGUCGCGCGAAGGGGAAGUGUCUUCCGCUCUCUUUUGCA